AUGGAACUUGAGAGUUUUGAUGUGACUGGACCUUUGGAACCAAUUCUAAUGGCACGUGAUGCUAAUGAUAAAGAAGAGAAAGAUCCUGGACCAAAAACAAUCAUUUCUACGUUAAGUACUUUGUACCCUGAUUUUGUGACCUUAGUGAAAGUUGCUAAUACAUCAAGAAAGAACAAUAAUAUUACUAUGUCUGGUACUGAUGACCUUACUGAUUAUCUUUAUCUCAUUCUUGCUGAAUUAGCGAAGAAAGUUGAGGAGAACAAAAAUAAUGGAGGAAGAACUGCACUUAAGAUUGCAGACAAAGCUGACAAAAGUUAUGUUGACGAAGAGAUACGUAAAGUUGCAUCUAAAGAAUAUACUUUAUCACAGUCUGUCAUACUUAAGACAAUCAAAGGUCCAGAGAAAGAUAUGUACCCAGGUGAUGGUACAACAGUUAAAGUUAAUGAAAGA